AUGAAAAACAACACGCUAAAGAAUCCCGAAGAGCAACAACAAUUAAUACAAGAAAACGAAAUGUUAAAAAACGAGUUGAAAAACUUAGAAGAAUUUAUUACCAAAUUAAAACAAACCAUUGAAAAUAAUGAGAAAAUACAUAACGCCAAAACAAAAGACUUAGAAAAACAAGUAUCGGAUAAAACAAAAGAAGUCGAGGAGAAAUCAGAAAAAGUGGAAAAAUUAGGCAAUGAACUCGUGAGUAAAGAAGCGAGAAUUGAGGAACUAGAAAAGCAAUUGAAGGAAAGAGAUGAAAGGCUAGAAAAAGUUCAAAACGAACUUUUGAAUAGAGAAAAAAAGAGCGAAGAGAUGGAAAAAAAUUUUUUGGAAGAAAAGAACAAAAGUGAAAAGUUGUGGGCAAAGUAUUUAACUUUUAAAAAUUUGCCUUCUUUACCUAAGGAAAAAGCAAACUUGAGCAAAUUAAGAGUAAAAAUAAAAACUAACCUUCAGAAGUUAAUAAAAAAAGAAAACACUCAGAAUCAAGAAAUGUUUGCUCAAGUGGAAUUAGAAAAUGAAGAUAAUAAGUCUGUUAAGCAAAUAGUAACUCGUGUUAAAUCAACCAGCAGAUGGAUUUCAGACGAUGUAGUCUGUGAAGAAUGUGAAGAAAAGUUUUUUAAUGAUGAGAUACCAAAAUGCGAAAGAUGUGGAAGAUUGCAAACUAAAGGAUAUAAGGACUUUUUUAGUGGCAAAUAUACCUGUUAUUGUGUUAGUUUUGAUGAGAAUUUAGAAGAAAAAGAACUUCCAUCUGUGCCUUAUGAAAGCCAAUCUACUUUUUACGAACGGCAAAUAAACGCUUUGCAGGAAGAAAAAAAUCAAUUAGCUGAGGAAGAAUUAUUGGAUAAAAUAGCCAAGUUAGAAAAGGAAAACGAAGCAUACAAAGAAGAAAAUAAACAAUUAAAAAAACUAAAUGGAAUAGAACUUUAUGAAAAGCAAAUUGAAGAAUUAAAACAACAAUUAGCCCAACUAACUUCGCAGCAACAACAAACUGCUCAAAUAGAAACUCCAGCUAAAGAUAAUAAACAAAAUCCGACUAAAACCCCUCAGCAGCAAGCAGAAUUAGCCGCUAAAAAGAAACAAUUAUCCGAAUUAUUAAAAAAAGAAAAUAGUUCUACUAGCAAUGCUAAACCAAGUGAUAAAACUACUCUUUAUAUUGACGGAGGGGUACUUUACUUUUAA